CCCUCUCUCUCUCUCUCUCUCCCCCGCUAGUCCUCCUCCGAACUCUUCCUUCGCACCCAUGAUAUAAGUGAGGCUGAUAAUAAAGUUCAAUCGAUGCAUAAACAUGAAGACCCAUUCGUUCAACUUGAUGUUUACACGUAGGUUUUGACGUUCAAGUUCAUACAAAGAGAUAUAUUAAAUCAAAUGGACAAAAAUAUAGAAGGCAUCGUCAAUGAAUCUGCUGAGUCCUUUUUGUCCUUGUGUUCUUCUGACAUGGGUGGUAUAUUUGGAGAUCCUGAAGUGCUCCCUCGAGUUGGAGAUCAAUUCCAGGCCGAAAUUCCACCCCCAAUGAUGGAAUAUGAUCACUUUCAGCUUAUGAGGGAAUCAGAGGAUACAGAAGUCACAAUUAAUGUUUCAAACUGUUUGAAUAUGGGGUUACCCAUUCCAAUCAUGUGGAUACAUGAUGAUGCUGGAAUCGUCGGAGACAAUGUCUUGCCAGGGUUUGGUGAUCAAAAUGUUGCAAUUGGCAGAAAUGGGCCAGUAGAAGCUGAAAACAGUGAAGAAAGCCAGAUUGCUUCAAAUGAUGAAGAUGUAGAACUUAAAUCCGGACUUUGGGGAACUACAUUUGAGUAUGAGGAAACAGUGGGAGGACUAUUAAGUUUUCAACCGAUGGUGGCAGGUGAGAGGAUGGAUGUUGACUUGGCUUUAUCACAAGGGAAGAAAACUGAGUUGUAUCAUGGGAACAAUGGUUACCAUCCUGUUCCUGGUGCAUUGGGUCAAGCUUGGAGAGACAUUGAAUAUGAUAGUUUUCUCCUUGGUCUUUAUAUCUUUGGGAAGAAUCUUCUUCUUGUGAAGAGAUUUGUUGAGAAGGAGAUAGGAGAUGUACUAUCUUACUACUAUGGAAAGUUUUAUAGAUCUAGUAAAUACCACAGAUGGUCAGAGUGCUGGAAGAUGAGAAGCAAACGAUGUAUACAUGGUCAAAAAAUUUUCAUGGGUUGGAGGCAUCAAGAACUAUUAUCUCGAUUAUUUUCCCAUGUGUCAGAGGAAUGCAAAGAUAGGUUGAUGGAGGUCUCUAGGAUAUUUGGGGAGGGAAAGCUAACAUUGGAUGAGUAUGUGUUCACUUUAAAGGAUAUGGUAGGCGUCAGGAUGCUGGCAGAAGCAAUAGCCAUUGGUAAAGGGAAGCAAGAUCUCACUGGCACUACUAUGGAGCUCGUAAAGACCAAUCAUUCCCGUCGUGUUCAUCCGGAAAUACCUACUGGCAAAGCAUGCUCCUCUCUUACUUCAGGUGAAAUUAUCAAGUUUUUAACAGGAGAUUUUCGGCUAAGCAAAGCUCGAUGUGGUGAUCUCUUCUGGGAAGCUGUUUGGCCCCGUCUUUUAGCUAGAGGAUGGCACUCCGAGCAGCCGAAGGACCAUGGUUGUGCUGGUUCAAAGCAUUCUUUAGUCUUUCUUAUACCUGGUGUUAAGAAGUUCUCAAGGAGGAGACUUGUGAAAGGAAAUCAUUACUUUGAUUCAGUUAGUGAUGUCUUGAACAAAGUUGCAUCAGAACCUGGGCUUCUUGAACUUGAAAUUGAAGCAGCGAAUGGUAGUGCACAGAGGGAAGAAUAUAUGGUAGACCCGCAGACAAAACAGGACCCAGAAAUUUUGUCUGAUCACCACCAUCGUUACCUCCGGCCAAGAAAUUCAAAUUGCAAUCAAGAUUCAAUGCAGUUUACAAUUGUGGAUACCAGUUUGCAUUGCAGAGAGAAACAGGCUAAAGUGAGGGAGCUGAGAAGUUUACCUGCUGACCCCCUAAUUGGAUCCAUUCCAUCUGGUCUUUCUAGUGAAACUGAAGAAGAUACAUCAGUAGAAUCUCGUGAUGAAGCAGUAGAAAAUAUGAGUUUACACCCUGUCAAAGAUGUUGCAGAGAAUGGAGCAUCUGCUGACUCACCAGAAUGUGUAACUGGUACCAACACUCAUUUGCCUUGUGUUUCAGAUCCCAUGAUUAUAGCAGUAGAAAAUCAUGAGGAUCAGAGCACUAGCGUCUCUAAUGACAGGAAAUCGAGGCUGAUAGUGAAGUUUCACUUCAGGCGCAAGGUGAAAUCUCACCAGUCAAAUGGUUUAGGCCCAAUCAUGAAACAACACCACUUAACUGCUUGCAGCCAUGAACAGUCAAGCCAUGGUGUUGAAAAUAUCUCCAGAGACACCAAGCUAAAUGGAGAGGAAUCCUGUGGCUGGUCAAACACACUCGAUACCUGUGAGAACAUGGCUCUGCAGUUAGGAUCAUCUCAAGACCUAUUGCCCACCAGUUCUUUGGUAGGCUGCCCAGUGGACAGCAGUAAAGGAAUACAGUUUGGGAACUAUCAGGGUUCAAAAACAUAUCCUAAGAAGCCUCAGGCCCAGACAUUGAUAGACUUAAACUUACCUCAUGUUGCUCCGGAUUCUGGAAAUGAUGAACAAUCAGUUGUGGACAUGGUUCAUAACGAUGACAAUUCAUCUGCCAAGAAGCCAUCCUAUGUGUCUGAAACAAGUCAGCAGUAUGAAUCGUCUAAUCCUGCAAAUGUUGGGGCUAGUAUAGAACAGCAGUCUGCCAUGAAUGGUCGGCGGCAGAGUACAAGAAACCGACCAUUGACCACAAGAGCAUUGGAAGCUCUUGAAUUAGGGUUUUUUGACACAAAGAAGAAGAAGAAGAGAAAGCAUUUGGAAGCUACAUCUGAAAGUAAUUCAAUGUCAAGAUCUUCUAGGCAGGUGCGCGGGAAGACUGCCAUUAGAGCAAACUUGAAUGACAGUGUAGGUACUGAUACUGCAAGCCACAUGAUGAAUAAAGGGGUGAAUGGAAGCUAUACUGGUGACACCAACAUGCUAGGUGAAUCUCUGAAGUGAUCUGACUAAAAAUGGACUUGUCAGUUGCUCAGGAUUACGACCUUACUUGAACAGGAUCUGUUCUUUAGGCUCGUACCUCUGUAUCCUGGAGUUCUAAGGUCGCUCAGAUUUGCCAAAUGCUGCAUGUAAACUUUUGAUUCUGUAAUAUUGUUCAUCUCUC